GAGCAUUACGAGGCCUUUUCAUUUGGGAUAUUACUUGUUGGUCUAAUAGCGAAAAAGGUUUGUGGAGAUGAAGAGAUAGAACGAGAGAAAGCUCCUUUAUGCAAGUGGGUCCAAAGUGAAUUCCAAGCAAAAUUGUUAAUGCCAGGAUAUGACAAGUCCGAGUUUUCGCUUGUGCAUGAAAGCCUGGAGCAAGAUGAUGAUUUCUGUAAGAGUGAUGGACUUGCACUCACUAAGCUGGCAAUGCUUUGCAUAGUCGAGGAUCGAUAUAACCGGCCUACAAUGAAACAAGUCGUCAAGGCAUUAUCGCGGCUUCAAAUUGUUCAAAAACGUGUGCUUAGGCAAAUGCCUCGUCACUUAAUUAAUCAUUCAUGAUGCAUGUUCGGCUUUUGAGAAAAAAGACUGAAAUUGGACCAAACCUUGUUUUGUAAGUAGGGGUCGAUAUGGGAGUUGCGAUUUUAGGAGUUCCAGUGAGUUUAUAAAAUUCUGAUUUUGUU